AAAAUAUUCUUGAAAUAUUUUUAAUUUUUUUUAAUUGACAAUGGGUAAAUUCAAACAACAAGAAGGACGCAUCAAAUCUUUUGCGCAUAAUAGAAUUGAGAAUGAAAAUAAACCAGACGAGGAUAUUGUUAAAGAGUUGAGUCAUCUACUUUAUUUAGACAUUGAUGAAUUACUGAUUAAUUCAAAAGAAACUCGUCGUUAUAAAAAUCUAAAGAGGAGGGGAAUUACCGAAUUUGAAAAACCCCCACGUCUUCAGAAUAUAUUUAUUUUAUAUAGAAGAAAUAAAUCAGCCAGCCCUGAAUUUAAAAACAAGCUAAAGGUGGAUAGAAAAGUUAAACUUACAUCAAAAGAAAUAGGAAUUCUUUGGAAAAAUGAGACGGAAGAAGUAAAAAAGCUUUUCUAUGCUCUUGAAAGGAUGGCCAAGAAAAAACAUAGAGAAAUUUAUGGAGAUAAUUAUAAACCUGAAAGGAAGAAAAGUCAACCAAAAGAUCGAAAAAAUAAAAAUAAAAAAGAGUUGUCGAUGUCAUCCUCCUCUUCCCCAGCCGAAACAUCUUUGGGACCACAGAUCCAUACUUCGCAAUCUUCAACGUUAGAUGAACUUCCUUAUCUACAGGAUGAUGAUUCGCAAUCUUCAAUGGAUUAUGCCUUAUCCGACUUGUUGUUUGAAGAACCUGCAUCUCCUCACUUAUCUAAUAACAUUUCCCAAUUUCCAACGAAUUCUACCCUAUCAGAGUCGAGAACUAAUGACAUUGUUUCAACGAAUUCCAUCCCACCCGACUCGAGAUACCUAAUUAAUGAUAUUUCACAAAUUUCAACGAACUUUACCCCACCCGACUCGAUUACACCUUCAACACAAUAUUUAACGAAUUCAACGAAUUCUUUUGGAUCUAUUUGUAGUUAUACACAAGAUUUUGUUAUUCACUACUUGUCAGACAAACCAUAUUUGUUAGUUAAUAUUAAAACGGGGCAAGUGUAUUUUCUAUUUAACUCUGAUCUCAACUUUUAUAAUUUUGUAUAUGAUUAUGAGCAAUCUCAACAAGUAAAUAAUUCCUUACAAUCCAAUCCAGAUGAAGGUUGUUAUUAUGAAAAAUCAACAUAGCAAAAUAUCAAAAAAACAACUACAUUCCCGAA